AUGUCGGCCUCUGAUCAGGGAUUGAGCGAGCUGGCCACCAAUGCCAGCUACGAUCCGCUUGAAAGCUAUAUAACGUUCACGUCUGUGUACGGCGAAGAUACUGCCGUGAAAUUCGCCAAUGUCCAAAACCUGGUCAACGAGACUUUGAACCAGGCAAUUGUGUUCGGUACAAGAUGUGGUGCUGCGAUCGUGACACUGAUUAUGAUGUGGAUGAUAUCGAAAAACCGGAAAACUCCGGUUUUCAUCAUUAACCAAGUUUCUUUGACGCUAGUUCUGAUAUCCUCUGCGCUGUAUUUCAGAUAUCUGUUGUCUGGGUUUGGAUCGAUUACAUACGCACUGACGGGAUUCCCGCAACUGAUUAGUGCUAGCGACUUGCGUGCUUUUGCGGCAAGCAACAUAGUUCAGGUUCUGCUGGUGGCGUCGAUCGAGGCCUCGCUGAUCUUCCAGGUCAAGGUUGUGUUCACCGGGGAAAAGCUCAGAAGGGUCGGGCUACUAUUGACUUCAAUCUCGGUGGCUCUUGGGCUCGCUACCGUUGCAAUGUACUUUGCCACUGCGAUAAGAUCAAUCAUUUCGCUUUACAAGGAUUUGGGGAAGACUUCAGAUACUUUUUACAACGUCUCGCUAAUUUUGCUUGCCUCGUCUAUUAACUUUAUGACGUUGAUCCUGGUCGUAAAGUUGAUUUUAGCGAUUCGAUCCAGAAGAUUCCUCGGGUUGAAGCAGUUUGACAGUUUCCACAUCCUGCUCAUUGUGUCUUGUCAGACAUUAUUGAUCCCCUCUAUCCUCUUCAUUUUGGCUUACGCCCUGCCUAAAAGUGGGAGUACAGACGUCCUGAUCAGUGUGGCGAUACUUGUGGUGGUGCUCUCCUUACCUCUGUCUUCAAUGUGGGCCAGCGCAGCAAAUAACUUCUCCAAUGCCAAUACAAGCCCUCCAGAAUUCUCCUCAGGUAGCUCAGGUUAUUAUACAAAGGGAACAGCAAGCUUGUAUUCGGAGAGCGGAGACGAAGAAGGUAGGAAAGGCAUUAGGCAGGUCCUUUAUGCCAGGUCUCGCAGGAAAAGCAGUGGACAUGGUUUAUCUGACGUCGACAGCAGUAUGUUUGCUGAUCUUUCAAAACCUGUGACGCAUGAUGGAACUGAUAGUGUGCAAUAUAUGAAAGCUCAAUCAGAUGACACUCCAACCAAGAAAACAGACCCAGUCGUUACUUUGUACACUCCCAACACAACGAUCGAGGAAGAUGAGAGAAAGUUUUGGGCUGGUGAUUACGCCAGCUCCAGUAAUGAGAAUACACCUGUAAAGAAAUCAACCAAUGAAAAUAUGAAUAUUCCACCCUAUCUUCUGCGUUAUGAUGACAGUAGUUGUGAGGGUAUCGAAGGGACAAAAAAGAUCUCACUUAAAAAGUAG